UUAAAAGCGAAACAGUCAGAGAACUGUAACGUGUACAAGAGAGGGCAUUAUUUUAACCGCAGGAAGUCUUUUAGUGUCGCACACCGCCAUUUUUUCGUUGUAUACAUACAUAGAAAUUUGAAAAAGAAUGUAAAAAGUUGUCAAUUUAGUUUGUAUUUGAAGUUCAUACCGCACAACGAUCUAACUUAUAGAUUUAUAAAUACGAGUACCAAAUCGUCUCAGUUAGCGUACUCAGUUAUCGUGCGUUCGUUUUUUUUUUUCAGUGCAAGAAUCCUUCAAAAGACUCACUGUACGUUUUACGGUGACAACUCUAGUCGGGCGUCAAAAUGUGUAUGGCGAAGUUUUCUUCCAUUAUGUGUUUUUUUGUAGUUUUUGUGAUUAUUUUGGGGUUUGUUAGGCAAGUUUAUUCGCGAACAUGUUAUGUUUGCGAAUCAAGCGUCGAUGGACUAUGUUUCAGCAAUGCUAAAAACAGUGGUUUCCAGGAUAAUUGUAUGAAGACUAUCACUAAUGAUUCAAGUAAUAUCGACAGUUCGUUUAUAUAUCUGCAGACUCUUGCAAAGAAACAUUUCGCAGAUUACAGACAUGGAAGUAAUUAUAGCUUUGAUUGCUUAACUAUUAUAGGACGGACUUGGGAAGAAGAAAAAGUAAUUAGAGGAUGUGUUCCUAAAUCAAAAAAUUGCAGCAUUUUUGAAACGUCUUUGAUGAUAUUGGGAUUUUUAACAGACUCGUGUGAUCUCUGCAAUGCAAACUUAUGCAACUCACAUUCCCCAUUGAAUAUAAAUCGACUGACGCCGAUACAUAAAAAUACUAAAAAUUAUGCUGAAGCAACUAUUAAAACAAUCAUAGAUAAAGACACAGGAACUUACAAUGAAACAAUUAAAAAAGCGGUAAUAUCGAAAGAGACUGAAAAUUAUCCUGAAGAAACAUAUGUAGAAGCUAAAGGUUUAACCUCGUUAGCCAAAGCAGUAAAAUUCAAUUACCGAAUCGGCUUUUCGUGUACGGUAGUUUUACUAGUGUCGACAUUUUUUAAAUGUCUUGUAUGAAAUGACUUUGCCUAAUGAAGAAGAUAAAGCUGUAUGUCAAUUUUGGUAUAAAUCGUCAGUAUUCAUGUGUAACAUUCAUUUGUA